ACGCCAUUAAAAAUAUUAAAAUAAAAGAAGUUGUCAUGUCAGCAGCUGAGCGAGGCUAUUUAUUUUACGAUUCAUUUAAUUAACAAAUACCUAUCAUGCAUAUAAUUACUGUUGUCACCUUUUAACUGUAAUUUCGUCGCGGUUCUUUCGUUAGCUGUGACGCCGCCGUCAUUGUGAAGAUGGAGGGAAGUAACACUGGCAGCAUAUCGCCAGCGCGCGUGAAGGCGGAGCCCGAGAGUGCAGAUACGGACCAUUCAGAACGAGUCCUUGUUAAGGAGGAAGCUGAAUUCACGGACGAGGAGUGUGUGAAGGAGGAGUGUGAGGACAGCACAGACGGGUGCGGCGUGAGCGAGGCAGCCAUGCUGGCCGGCCUGUAUGACGACCACGAGGUGAAGGACAAGCUUGUGCUGGGGCCGGAGCGCCCACAUCAACCCAUAGUCGCCAUGGAGCUGAGAGCGCCCGCUCUUGUCUCCUCUGCUGUGGUGUCGGGCCGGCGCCGCUCGUGUUCGGUCAGGCUGGAACGCCUGCUGGUGGACGCGGAGCGGCGCACCUGCCGGGUCGGGCGCCGCACAUACAAGCUGCACACCACCGAGCCCGCACCCACAUCCCAUGUCACCACCACCAUCUAUCAAUGUCACCAUUGCGGCAAACGGUUUAGGAACAAGUCGGUUUUGGAGAAACACAUACGCACUCACUUGUCGUUAGGACCGUCGCGUAAUUCAACCCGGGAGAACAUUGCUGUGGAUCGUCAACAAAUGUCACAAAGGAAUAGAAAACCUAAUGACAAAGCCUUUACUUGUGAUUACAAGUCCAAUCAAAAAUUACACUCAGGGAAUCACAAGAAGCACACUGGUGAAAAGCCAUUCAAAUGUAACUACUGUCACUACAAGUGCAUUUCGAAAUAUAUGUUACAGAAUCAUAUCAUGACUCACACUUGCGAAAAGCAAUUUAAAUGUAGCUACUGCGAUUACCGGAGCAAUGUAAAACGUAAUUUUCAGAGGCACCUAUUAACCCAUACUGAUAAAAAACCUUUUAAUUGUAAUUACUGUGACUACAAGUGCAUUACGAAAUAUAUGUUACAGUAUCAUCUGAUUAUUCACACUGGUGAAAAGCCAUUUAAAUGUAACUACUGUGACUACAAGUGCAUUACGAAAAAUAUGUUACAGAAUCAUAUGAUGACUCACACUGGUGAAAAGCCAUUUAAAUGUAAGUACUGUGACUACAAGUGCAUUAGGAAAAAUAUGUUACAGAAUCAUAUGAUGACUCACACUGGUGAAAAGCCAUUUAAAUGUAAGUACUGUGACUACAAAUGCAUUUUGAAAAAUAUGUUACAGUAUCAUAUGAUGACUCACACUGGUGAAAAGCCAUUUAAAUGUAACUACUGUGACUUUAAGUGCAUCAAGAAAAAUGCGUUACAGAAUCAUAUGAUGACUCACACUGGUGAAAAGCCAUUUAAAUGUAGCUACUGCGAUUACCGGUGCAAUUUAAAAGGUAGUUUGCAGAGGCACCUAUUAACUCAUACUGAUCAAAAACCGUUUAAUUGUAAGCACUGUGACUACAAGUGCAUUUCGAAAUAUAUGUUACAGAAUCAUAUGAUUACUCACACUGGCGAAAAGCCAUUUAAAUGUAGCUACUGUGACUACAAGUGCAUUAAGAAAAUUAUGUUACAGAAUCAUAUGAUGACUCACACUGGUGAAAAGCCAUUUAAAUGUAACUACUGUGACUAUAAGUGCAUUGCGAAAAGUACGUUACAAACUCAUAAGAUGACUCACACUGGUGAAAAGCCAUUUAAAUGUAACUACUGUGAGUACAAGUGUACGUGGAAAUCAAACUUCAAGAGGCACCUCAUUUUCGUUCAUCAAGAGGCACCUCAUUCACACUUGAGAGAAGCCUUUUCAGUGUAAGUACUGUGACCACAGGAGCCGUCUUAGAGAAACCCUACGAGCUCAUGAGAUGAUACAUACUGGUGAAAAACCCUAUAAAUGUAAAUACUGUGACAAAGUGCAAGAAGAAAGAAAAUUUACGAAGCCACGAAAUUAUACACACUGGGGUAAAGCCUUUUCAAUGUAGUAACUGUGACUACAAGUGCAAAAACAAAUCAAGACUACGACGUCAUCAAGCAGUACACACCGAUGAAAAGCCUUUCCAGUGUAGUUAUUGCGAAUACAAAUGCAAGCAGAAAAGUCAAUUACAAGAUCACGAGAGGAUACACACUGGUGAUAAACCCUAUAAAUGUAAAUACUGUGACUUCAAGUGCAAGCAGAAAAAUUAUAUACGAUACCACGAGAUGAGACACACCGGGGAAAAGCCGUUUGAAUGUAGUAAUUGUGACUACAAGUGCACAAACAAAUCAGAACUACGACGUCAUCAUGCAGCAAAACACACAGUUAAAAAGCCUUUCCAGUGUAGUUAUUGCGAAUACAAAUGCAAACUGAAAAAGCAGUUACGAACUCACGAGAUGACACACAAGUGAAAAGUCUUUACAGUGCAAUUAUUGCGCAUGUGCAAGCUAAAACAACACUUAAUUAUUCACCUAAAGAAACACUAAUAAAAAGCUCUGAUACAGCCAUUAUAAGCACUGAAAGUUUAGGAGUAAAAGGAGUUACUCUAAGAACAAAUUAAAUUACUUUGUAUGAACAUAUUAUAAUUUAUAGACAGUAUUUGUUUCGGUUUUUAGUAAAUGGAGUUCUCCAGGUGAGGUCUCCCCUCGCUAGGGCGACGCGGACAUGUAUCUAAAGUAAUAUUUAACUUUAAUUUGUCUUAAUGUUCAACUUUGUUACAAUAAAUUCAGAAGUUGCAGAAAAGGUUGUAUGAAAUUCAACAAAUUGUUUAUUUUUAAGUCCGCUAGCUAGCGCGGGUGCACGGAGCAGGUUAAAAACAAUGAGCGUUACUAAAGUCUGUAUCUUGAUUAGGUAUUUAAAUAAAAGUAAACAAAAUCUACCCUCAAAUGGCUCCUUAAGCCAGUUGAGGGUACCUUUCGUAGAAGAAAUAUGCUUUCUAUCUGAACGUUUGGCAA